AUGUCUGACUGUCCACGUAGCCAGAAGAGAGUUGUUAUCUGGAGUGUAGCACGCUCCCUGUCUUCAGUUUUUGCCUGUUCUCUCUCCCAAGUACCAGAUACCGUCGUCCUCUUUGAGCCAUUUACAUCUGCUGCUUUAUACGGCCCCCAACGAGUGUGCAACAACACAUACAAAAGCUGUGCCACUGAGACUUUUGAGUCAGUAAAGGUCCUCUACGAGCAACCCUGGCAGGGCAAGUCUUUGGUUCUUGCCAAGGACAUGGGUUACAGCAUGACAGGCAGGUAUGACAUGAUACCUGAAGGAUAUCAGCACAUCUUCCUGACCAGGCAUCCUGCUAAAUCCAUCCCGUCUAUCGAGUCCGCUCUAGCUCCUAUCAAAAAAGAGCAAAAAGAGUUCUACAUCGGGCUGAAUCAAUACAAGCCUCUAUCUGACCUCCACAGACAUGUGACAAGCAAGCUUGGCCAGCAGGUUACCAUUCUGGAUGCUCAAGACCUGAUUCAGAACCCAGAGAAGACCAUCCAGACUCUCUGCCAAAUCCUUGGACUGCCCUUCAGCGAUCGACUUCUGACUUGGGAUCCUAUCGAUGGGAAACCAGGCAACUGGAUAAUGUCCUCUGCUAUGUGGGAGGACUGUGAGUUACUUGGCUGGAUGGACAAUUGUCUGAGAAGCACUGGUUUUGUUAAGCCCACAAAGCAGCAGAACACAGAUGGGGAAGUCGGAAAGUACCCGCUGACGCCAGAGAUUGAGAAGAUGAUUGAAGAAGCUCUGCCAUACUAUCAAGCAUUAUGGGAGCUACGCAUCAAGUUUGAUGAAUGCAAUUAG